AUGGUGAUCCCGACCCUGAACCGCCUCAUCUACAGCCGGAUAAACAAGGGCAUUAUGGCGGCCCUAAGGAAAUUCUUUGGGGGGAAACUGACCUUGUCAGUCCUCAAUGUCUGCUAUGUCUCCGUCACCAUCAUCCAAUCCAUCCACAACUCCCUGACGAACGACAGUUCCAUCUCUUUCCUGGACUGUGUCACCCAAGUAUUUUUUCUUGUCUUACUUGCCACCACAGAGAUAGACAUCCUCACGUUGAUGUCCUACGAUCACUACGUGGCCAUCUGCCAUCCCCUGUGCUACGUUGUCGUCAUGGACCAACGGGUCUGUGGGAAGAUGGCCACCGCCUUAUGCCUUUGGGGUGGUUUCUUGGGCCUCACGCACACUGUCAAUACAUUUUUCUUGUCUUUUGGUGACUCGAACGUGAUCCGUCACUUUUUCUGUGACUUGACCCAGUUACUGGCCCACGCCCCCUCCAAUGAUGACCUCAGUGAGGCGUUCUUGCUUAUUGCCAGUGCUACUUUAGACUUCUUCUGCUUCCUCUUUAUAGUCAUUUCCCAUUUCUGCGUCUUCCCCACAGUGAGGACCAUCUCUUCCUAA